GGCUCGUUGCCAUUUCCGCAAACGAUGUUGGCGGAAAUUCUGCUUUCUGCACUUUGUGCGGCCAUCACUGAGGCAUCGUCACACCAGAACCACAUUCCAGUAGAAGUAGAGACUAAACUUGGCAAGAUCAGGGGACAAGAGUCGAUAUUUCUGCAUAAAAGGGUGCGAUCGUUUCUGAGUGUUCCGUUUGCUGAACCUCCUGUGGGCGAGCAGCGGUUUCGACCGCCAAAACCAAAGAAACCAUGGAAUGACACUAUUACAGCUAAUACAUUAUCUCCCGCUUGUUAUCAGGGUCGCGACACAUAUAACACUUCAUUUUGGGGAUCUGAAAUGUGGAAUCACAACACUCCUGUUAGUGAAGACUGCCUUUAUUUAAACAUUUGGACUCCUGCUGAAGCCUACAAUCUCACCGUGAUGGUAUGGUUAUUUGGUGGAGGAUAUUAUUCGGGUAGCCCGUCGCUGAUUCUUUACGACGGCAAGGCUCUUGCGCUGCUUGGCAACGUCAUUGUGGUAAACGUAAAUUAUCGUGUGGGUCCAUUCGGCUACCUCUUUAUGGAUGACGAUGCUGCUCCGGGAAACGUCGGCAUGUUGGACCAACAAUUGGCCCUUUACUGGAUUCGAGAUAACAUUUUUAACUUUGGUGGGAAUCCGAGCAGGAUCACCGUGUUUGGCGAAAGUGCUGGAGCCGCCAGCAUCGUUGCACAUCUUAUCGCUCCAGGAUCGGCAAACUUGUUCAAAAAUGGAAUACUGCAAUCUGGCAGUUUGGACAAUAAAUGGUCCAUGGACUCUCCUCAUAGGGCGAUGGAUAAGAGUCAGCAGUUGGCUGCACUGGUUGGAUGCAACCGAACAGAGGUGAAAGAAACUAUUGCCUGCCUUCGAUCCACGCCUGCUCAACUCUUAGUGGACAACAUAUGGAACCUUAAUCUGCACUUUCUCGAAUUCCCAUUUGUCAUUGUUUCAAGGGAUAAGAAUUUCUUCCGCCAUAAAGAUGGAUUCACUUCAUUGAGAACGGGUCAAUACUUGCACCAUGUUAACCUGAUGAUUGGGAUCAACCAUGAUGAAGGUAACUUCUGGAAUAUCUACAACUUAGCCGAUUACUUUGACAAGUCCGAACAGCCGGAGCUUAAUCGAAAGGAGUUCCACGAGUGCAUAGAGCGAGCUUUUGCCGUGCAGCCAGAACUAGUCCGUAGUGCGGCCAAACAUGUCUACUCGGAUCCGAACUGCACGGAUCCUACCAAGCGAACUCAAUUCUACGCUGAACAGGUGAAUCAAAUGGUUGGUGACUAUUUCUUUACGUGUGAUAGUAUAUGGCUGGCUGACAAAAUCCCACGACAUAAACCGAGAGCUGGUCGUGUCUAUGUAUACUACUUUGAUCAGCCAUCCAGUGCAAAUCCGUGGCCGAAGUGGACCGGGGUCAUGCACGGUUAUGAGAUUGAGUAUGUGUUUGGAGUCCCCAUUUAUAAUGAGACUGCUGGAUAUACGAAAAGGGAGCAGGUCUUAUCCGAGAAAAUCAUUCAAUACUGGAGCUCAUUUGCAACAACCGGGGUGCCUCGACUCAAAGACUCAAAAGCGACUGAUAUUUGGCCAGAGUACGAUGGUGUCAACAAUACGAGGUGGAUGCUGCUCAAAGGAGGAUCACAUGUAAAGCCAACGCCAGCGCGGAAGAAGGUCGAGUGUGAUCUGUGGAGAACGGCGAAAGACAUGGAGUACUACUCCUACUUGACCGAAAUGAAACAAUCCUCAACGAUCAAUGCAUCACUGCCUGCUAUUGCACUCGCCAUGAUUAUUUUCUUAAGGUUGAAUACUUAGAAAUUUGUUCUGUAUAAGUUUCCCAUACUCAUUCGUUCUCGGGACAAAUUCUUUUAGCCAUGGAUAUCUGAUGUUUCUCGUGUUUAGAAAGCUAGCACAUGUCUGAUUAGCUGUUAUCAUUACCAACAUAUCGUCGCUUUACUUAAUGAUGGUCCUCUUAUUUUGGUAGGUCAAAUAUUGAAGAAGGUUAGCAAGUAAGGAAGGGAGGCCUUAACAGCAGUUUGGUUAUAUGUCCAUUGAUCUUAUCUCUCAAUUUUGAUUCACUCAUGAUAUGUCGUGAU